ACUAUUUGUCAACGAAAACAAACCUACAGUCUUUUGACAGUUGGUCGCACGGAUUUACGAAUGAGUUUUCGUCAAUGUCGUAAUAAAAUAUAUAUUUUUUUCUUUUACAUAUCUUCUAAUUUAAUAGCUUAUCUGGGAUAUUUUAUAACCGGUGUUAUCUGUGUGUGUUUAAUUGGAAAAUGCACUCGUGUAGACAGUUAUUGUAUAGUCCGGCAAGGUGGAAAUGCGCUUUGCCAAUAAAUCUAAAACCCACAGUUCUUACAAUCAAGUCGGACCAGUACACAGUGCAAGAAUGCCGGCAGUACUCAGCCCGGAAGGGUUUCUUCUCCUCAAUCAUAGAGAACAUAAAGGAGGAUAUAGCCAAGAACAAGGAGAUGAAAGAUAACAUCAAAAAGUUCAGGGAGGAGGCGCAGAAACUUGAGAACUCAGAGGCCCUGCAAGCAGCAAGAAGAAAGUUCCAUGCAGUAGAGUCAGAAGCCUCCAAGAGCUCCGAGGUCCUGAAAGAGACAAUUGAAGGCAUCAAGGGGAAGAUGGAGCAUGUCCUGGAGGAAGCAAGCAAAACCGACAUUGCCAAGAAAGCUGGUAAAUUUACAGAAGAUAUCUCAAAGUCAGCUAGGGGUGCUGCGGAGAGUAUAGCAGACAAGAGCCAGAAGCUCGGUCAGACUUCUGCUUUUAAGACUAUAUCUCAAGCUACAGAAGUAGUGAAGAAUGAGAUAUCGCCGCGCGGUUUAGAGGGACGCGUCUACUCCUCGCCCGUCACGUUGAGGAAACGAGUUGAGGUUGCUGAAGAUGAGAGAACGUUCACCCCCGACACGGAAUCCACUGGCGUAGAACUGCACAAGGAUUCGAAAUUCUAUCAACAAUGGGAAGACUUUAAGAACAACAAUCAGUAUGUCAAUAAGGUAUUAGAUUGGAAAAUAAAAUACGAAGAAUCGGACAACGCGGUGGUGCGGGCAUCUCGCUUCGUCACCGAGAAGGUGGGCAGCCUCUUCGGAAAUCUAUUUGAAAAGACCGAGCUAUCCAAAACGUUAACCGAAAUCUGUAAAAUGGACCCAAACUUCACGGCACAAAAGUUCUUAGAAGACUGCGGGAACGAUAUCAUACCGAACAUUCUAGAAGCCAUGGUCAGAGGAGACCUCGACAUACUCAAGGACUGGUGUUACGAAGGCGUGUUCAACAUACUAGCGACACCGAUCAAACAGUGCAAACAGUUAGGGUACUACCUCGACUCCAAGAUAUUAGACAUUGAGCAGAUAGAGUUAGUUAUGGGCAAAAUAAUGGACCAGGGUCCUGUUUUGGUGAUCACAUUCCAGUCUCAGCAGAUUAUGUGCGUGCGGGAUUCAAAAAACAACGUGAUAGAGGGCGACCCGGAUAAAGUGAUGAGAGUGAACUAUGUGUGGGUGUUGUGCCGGGACCCUCAGGAGUUGAACCCGAAGGCGGCGUGGAGGCUGCUCGAGCUGUCGGCCAACAGCGUAGAACAGUUAAUAUAGCCAUGUAGAUGAAUUAAAUCGUUGACAGUUUAA